UCCGACCGUGUACUUUUCGAAGGAGAGUGUAUACUAAGAGAUGGCGACGAAGUUUUGUAGGUAAUGUUAGAGAUGGAUUCGGACUAAUCCAAUGGCAAUUCUACGCAAAGUAUUGUCAUAGAUUGCGUUAUGAAGUUGUUGUUCUUGACGAUCGUCUCUCUCGAAAACACCAGGAAACCAAAUUGCGAUGACCGGAACCUCCGGGAAGUCGGGAAGUCGGGAAGUCGGGAGGUCGGGAAGUCGGGACCAUUUCUAUGGUAUAGGAGUCCUGGGAGUUCUUCGUACCGCAGGAUCACUUGAUCCUAGCCUUCGGAUUUGCAACCGCAUAGAUCUGAUUAACCAUUUAGCCCCGAACGCAAUAACCUCGUAGCCUAACUCAAUUUUGGUUUCACUCAGGGUGGCGGAAUAGCUAUAAGAAGUUGUCGACGCGGUCACAAUCUCCCCCAGUCUCUCGAGUUGCAUUAACAUGCUACCCGCUUUCAUUUUACCUCUUAUUGUCCUGUCCGCUGUAAGCGCGAGUCCGCUCGCCGCCCGUUCCCCUACCGCCUGUUCCACUACACCCAUCUCAGCAUCUUGGUAUACCGGAUGGCAUGCAACUGAAGGAGCCCCGCUCUCUUCAGUUAGCUGGGAGAAGUACAAUACAAUAUACUACUCAUUUGCAGAAACUGCCGAGGACCUCUCAAGUCUGAGCCUGGCAGGCUCUGAUGGCGAGCUGCUCCCACAGUUCGUUUCUGAGGCCCAUGCACAUGAUGUUGAGGCUCAUAUUGCUGUCGGAGGCUGGACUGGGAGUAUUUGGUUUUCUUCUCACUUUGCCACUGCCAAAAACCGGACGGCAUUUGUCCAGACCGUAACAAAUUUUGCUUCAAAGUACAACCUUGAUGGCAUUCAGUUCGACUGGGAGUACCCAAACGAUCAGGGACUCGGCUGCAACACCAUUAGCGUGAACGAUACGGCAAAUUUCCUAGCGUUCCUCCAGGAGCUUCGCCAAAACCCAGUAGGGGCAACACUCACUCUCUCGGCUGCCGUAACCGUAGUACCCUUCUAUGACGCUACCGGAAAUCCUUCUACUGACGUCAGUGGGUUUUCGAAGGUCCUCGAUUACAUCGCCCUGAUGAAUUACGCCAUUUGGGGCCCUUGGUCCCCGACUGUUGGGCCCAAUGCACCGUUGGACGACACCUGUCUCGCGGCAGGGAAACGAGAGGGCUCUGCUGUUUCUGCAGUUAAAGCUUGGUCGGAUGCAGGAAUCCCGGCCAAUCAGAUCGUCCUCGGUGUUCCUACCUAUGGUCACUCAUACAGUGUCUCGCCCUCUGACGCCUUCGCGUCCGACAAGAAGACGCUAGCUGCAUACCCCGCUUUCAACGCCUCGAACCAGCCCUUGGGUGAUGCAUGGGAUAACAGUACUGCUGGUGGUUACGAUGCUUGUGGCGUAUAUGGGUCGGGCUCAGGCGGCACCUUCAACUUCCGGGGCCUCAUGGACGGCGGUUUCCUCACCGCAAAAGGCAAGCCUGCUGAUGGCAUUCACUACAGAUAUGACAGCUGCAGUCAGACGCCGUAUGUGUACAAUGAGACCUCCCAAGUUAUGAUAUCCUUCGACAACGUUCAAUCGUAUGCUGCCAAGGGCAAGUAUAUUAAGAACGCCGGGCUACGCGGUUUCGCGUUGUGGGAGACGGGUGGUGACUAUAACGAUAUGCUCCUCGACUCUAUCAUCCAUGCUGUUGGGCAUUAG